AUGGCAUUAUCUAAGCGUAAAGCACUAAUAAACUCAAAAGAAGCCCGGUGGAGGGGGGGAGGAGCGGCGGCCCCGCAACUUCCCUCCCCGCCUCGAGCGCCACCGGCCGGGCCCGGGCCUAGCCCUCCCUGGCCGCCGCCGCCCGAGCUGGUGCCGGAGCCCGCUACGUGCCCCUACUGGGCCGCCACCGCCUCCUGCGCCGCCGCUUCCGCCAGUGAAUGGUCAGCGCUGGAGUUUGAACAGGGCCCUGAACCAUCUCAACGCCAUUUGCGCUCCCGGCCCCCACCUCCUUCCUCCAACAGCCGCUCGCUCCGUCACUCCGCUUCCCACAGGCCCCGCGCGGCCGCCCGACCCCGCAGCCAAUCGCGCGGCCGCUUACUCAAACCGCCGCGCAGGCGCCGCGCCCCGCAUGAUCCGGCGCCCGCCAUUGGUCCGGCCGCGGGGCCCGACGGGAGUUGUAGUCCCGGUCCUCGAGGUCGCGAUGCUGAGAACCUGGCAGGGGACCGGGCGGCGGGCGGCGCGGUAGCAGCGGGCCUGGCCCGCACGGGCUCGGGAGCCGUGUCAAGCUCCCGGCCCCGCCGGGAGACGCAGGAUAAUUGGAAUAUGUUCUCUGGAGAUAGCAACAUCCUUUGGGGAAUAAACUGCUGUCUAGUGUUACUUUGCAGCUCCUCCAAGAAUCUCAGGUGGAUUUGUAACUUACCGUGGCCAAAAGAAAAUGACAGAAGUGAUAUCAGCCUGAGCUUUGAGAAACCUUGAAAACUUCCACAUUCUCUUUUGGAUCCCUGCCUUUGCCAUGAGAACAGGCCUGGGCUAGUUUAAUGGAAGAGGAGAAGCCACAAGGAAAAGAGCCCAGGUCUUCCCUGACCUGUCAGCAGCCAGCAGAUCCCAAACAUGUAAGCCCAGCUAGGAUCGGCAUAACCACCUACCUGACCUGCAGCUGCUCAGAGAUGUACGUAUGGUCCCCUCCUGGGACCUGAAGACUGUCCUGCUGGCCUGUGGACUCAAGAGCAAUAAUAACUAUUUACUAUGUUAA